AUUGUGCCGUCUUGUGAAGUACCUUGCCUGACCAACCAAGCUGGAAUAUCGCUUUUGUCCUCCACAACACUUGUCGCCAACGACUCUGCGGAGGAAAGUCUGCUUUGCUUGGAUUCCAGCUGCAAGUCCAAUCCACCAGGUCGUAGUAAUGUCAUCGGAACCAGUUCACAAGAUCGUACGACUGCUUCUUCUGGGCCUCGUCAUCCUAGGAUGUUUCAUGACUCCCUUUUUUAUGUAUUUUAAGCCAUCCAAAAGCUGUCUAUUUGCUUCUGUGGAGUCCAUCGCUCCCAGAGAGCGCAUCGAGGAGGUCUUGACCACGAAUGACCACAAUGACACCACGGUGCUCAUCUGGCUCUGGCCCUUCGGCAAGAAGAGGGAUAAAGUGAAUAUUUGCGCUUCGAAGUUUAGCAUUGACGGCUGCUUCAUCACAACGGACCGAAACCUCUACAACAAGUCGGACGGCGUCAUCAUCCACCAUCGUGACAUCCACUCUGACUUGUCCAACCUUCCACCGCACCAGCGUCCACCCUUCCAAAAGUGGAUCUGGAUGAACUGGGAGUCGCCUUCACAUUCUUCCAAGCUGGGUAACAUGAAGAACCUCUUCAACCUUACGCUCAACUACCGUCUUGACGCCGAUAUCCCAGUGCCUUAUGGCUCUCUGGUUUAUACCGAGGGUGAGGACAACUUUGCCCCGCCCAGCAAGGACAAGCUGCUCUGCUGGAUCGUGAGUCACUGGGAUGAGAACUUCGCACGCGUCAAGUAUUACAAUGAGCUGCAGAAGCACAUCAAAGUUGACGUGUACGGCAGGGCCUUCAACAAGUGCAUAACACCCCAGGAGUACGUCUCCACCCUCGCUAGCUGCAAGUUCUAUUUGGCAUUUGAGAAUUCCCUCCACAAGGACUACAUCACCGAGAAGUUCUACAACCCGUUGGGAGCGAGCACAGUACCCGUGGUGCUGGGCGCGUCGCGGGAGGAUUAUGAAAACGUCAUCCAGGGGGACGCCUUCAUCCACGUGGAUGACUUCGCGUCACCCAAGGAGCUGGCUGACUACAUCCUGCAACUGGACAAGAACGAAGAGAGGUAUCGAAGAUUUUUCGAGUGGCGGCGGCACUUUAAGGUGAAGAGGCCGGUGUUCUGGGCAGAGCACGCAUGCGUGGCCUGCGACUACCUGCGUAGGCACAGGAAGUACCAGGUGAUCCAGAACCUGGACAAGUGGUUCUGGGCCUGAGCCAUUUUGUGCCAGUGCUGAACGCUGUCUGAUGUUUAUUCCUCACCCUCACCGGGACCCGCACAUUUUCUUUCUGUAUUGAUCGAGUGACCAAUUUUAUUUCAUGUGUGCCACUUUUAAUAAGGCUUUUUUUUUUUUCCAUCGGGCCCCCUGCAAAAAUUGACUGUUCUACCCUAGAUUUAAACACACAUAUCUGUAGUUUCAAGUCAUUUCAUUGUUAAAAUGGGUUUAUUACUUUUUUUCAAAAGUAGAUCCGCUCACCCGUGUACUUUUGGGUAUUCGGCCUUCUGUGACUGUGAGCUUGGGGUAGAAAACGUUCUGUUGACUGCAAAUGACAAAGUAAGCGCCGACGCCGUUGUCGUCGUUCUGUGGAUCAAUGAAAGAAUUGCGAAUCUUUUCAGGCACCAUAGCAAUUAUCCGCCUGUAUCUUUUUAAGA